AUGAGCGAUCCCGCGAGGGUCGAGGCCCUGGUGCAGGCCGAGUGCGCCGCGACCGGCGCGGUCGUCCGCAAGUCCAGGCGAGGAGGAGGAGGAGGAGGAUCUACGAAUAGUAAUGCCACCAAGGUGCCCAAGCCCUCGGGGACGUACGAGGUCUCGCGCGCGGUGCAACGCGCGGCGCCGCCCGCCUCCACGAGCGCCCCGUCCUCCCUCGCAAACGACGACGACGCCGAGGGCCUGCGCCGCGCCGCCGUGCACCACUGGCGCGCGAGAAUGAUGGUCAAGCUGAGCUCCCUCUACGCCGACGCCGCGUGGGACGCGCAGGAGAAGCCCCGCAAGUUCUUCAUCAAGCACCGCGGCUUCGGCCCCACGCACGGCCGUAAGGACCUCCCGACGCACCGCCGCAUGUUCCUACGAUGCGCACUAGCGAGCGCGGAGCGCGCCUUCGAGCUCGCGUCGUCGUCCUUCGAGUGCGCCACACUUCGCGCGUGCAUCCUCUCGCUCAUAAACGCCGAGGACGGACCCGACGCCGCCGACGCCGCGCUGUCCAGGGCGUGCGCCGCGUGUCGCCACGCGAUUCGCCUGCACGAGCGAUGGGCGCGUGACGCGUCGCGGGAGACGUUCGAGGUUAGCGUGCUGCACAGCCCGGGUGGGGGAAGCGACGCGGGGCACGGAGUGGGGAGCGGCGCUCCCUCGUCGGCUCAUCGGGCUCCUCCCCCCGCGGGCGCGUCGGGGUCCGCGGCCCGGCGGAUCGAAUCGCUCAGGUCCAUGGCGACGUACGCGGCGCACGUGCUCGCGGACAGGCGCGGCGGGUGGGACUUCGAGACGUCGUGGGUGAGGGAGACGGGGGACGAGUGGAUCGACGAGGAAGCGGAGAAGGCGGCGAAGAGAGUCGCCGCCGUCAUACUCGACGAUGACGACGAGGACGGAGAGGACGACGAGGACGAGGACGAGGACGAUGACGACGAGGAUGCGGGCGGCGGGUGGGACAUGUGGCAGUCGCCGAGUAUACUCGACUAUAGCCUCGCGGCUCUUCGCGGGCCGCCGUAG